AGAUGAUUGCCGCAAUUCGCGGGGAGUCUACGGCGCAGCUGGGCGCAGCUGGGACAGACUGAGGGCCGGCAGCUGCCCGCACGCUCUGGAGGCAGCCCACAGCGCCACAAUUCACCGUAGGAGGAGUUGACAGUGGACUGAAGGCAGGUGAGCGCAAACAAAUGGCAGCAAUCGCAGCGGACGUGGACGUCGAGCGCUCGUUGCGCAGCAGUGCCACUGGCACGACGCGCAGCGCGGCGGACGGCGCCGGCCGCGUGCCGGUCAUCGACAUGAGUCAAUCGGACGCCGCCGAGGCGAUGUGGGCCGCCGCCACGUCCGUCGGCUUCUUCACGGUCGUCAAUCACGGCGUGCCGGACGAGCUGAUCGAGAACGCGUUCGCCUCGUCCAAGCAGUUCUUCGCGCGCGACCUCGACGCCAAGCAGCGCGAGAGCCCCUUCGCGCCCCAACUCAACAGCGGCUUCGAGUACUUUUCUCAAAUAAGGCCGUCGACCGGCACGGCCGACCAGAAGGAAAGUCUGCAGAUCACGGCGCGGGAAGGAGCCAUGGACGGCCGCUGGCCCGCGGAGCCCGAAGCGCUCCAGCCCGUCGCGCGGGCGAUGAUGGAGGCGUCACAAAGACUCGCGGCGCGCAUCUUGGACAUGCUCGAGCCGCGCGCGUGUCCGAACCUCGCGCCCGGCACUUUACAAAAGUCUCACACGCUCUGGGGCCAGGGGGGCCAGUGCACGCUGCGACUGCUCCACUACCCCCCGACGGCGCCGCCGGAAGUUGAUAGCGGCCUGUGGCGCGCCGGGCCGCACACGGACUGGUGCUGCGUGACCCUGUUGUACCAGCUGCCCGGUCCGCGCGCGGCGUCCGGUCCAAUUUACGGGGUGUCGCGUCGAUGGCGUAAACGCGGUCGACUCACCGACCCACCACGCACAGGUCACGAGGGGCUUGAGUGCGCCGCGAACCCGCGGGCGGGCGCCGGCCAGAGCGGGUGGCUUAGGGUGGAUCCGGUCGCGGGCGGCGUCGCCGUGAAUAUAGGGGAUAUGCUCUCGCGCUGGGCUGUGUGGAAGUCAAACAGUGAGUUAGGUCAUCGUGAACCUCCACGCCAUCGAACAGCUGCAGUUACGGGGACGACGUCGCGGCGACGGCUUGGGGCGCCCGAAAUUUGAUUUCCACGUAGGCGCUGGGCCGACGGCCGCGUCCUCUCGAACCUGCACCGCGUGCGCACGCCGACGGGGGCAGAGUGCGGGCGGCCGCGCCAGUCGAUCGCCUUCUUCAUGCAGGCCGACAAGGAGGCGCUCAUCGAGUCGUCGGGCGAGACGAUCACCGCGGGCGACUACAUCCUGGGACGAAUCCGGUCGAACUUCGCGGCGAAGUUCGGAGAUAAAUAGACUGUGAAUA